UCCAGUUAAAUAAGAUGAACUACCAGAUCCUGAUAGAUGCAUGAUGAUGAAGAUGAUGAAGAUGAUAGACAACAGAGCAACCUCCUCCUCUAAAGUGGAGGAUUUCCCAGCGACACCAUGCCAAAGACCAAAGACACAGCUUCUUUUCUUUUUGGCUGAACUGGUGUUCACUCUGCUACUUCCUUCCUCUGUCUCUGCUGGUUGUGACCAAGUGGAUCAAGACGCUCUCUUGUCCUUGGCUUUCAAGUUUUCAUCUUCAUCUCCAUUAAACUGGUCAGCUUCCACUGAUUGUUGCCUUUGGGAAGGAGUAUUCUGCAGCCCAUAUGAUGAGCGAGUCAGCCAUCUCUGGUUAAGUGGGAGAGGCUUAACUGGUGUUUUUUCUCCCUCCAUCACCAACCUCACCUCUAUUACCUACCUCAAUCUUUCCCACAAUUCGCUCUUGGGUUCUCUCCCGGAGGACUUCUUUUCCUCACUAUAUCGCCUCCAGGUCCUUGACUUGAACUUCAACCAUCUCAGCGGCUAUUUGCCACUCCCCUCCAACAAAGCCACCAGUGUGCUUCGGAUUCUAAACUUGUCCAGUAAUUCAUUUAACGGAACAAUCCCACCUUCCUUAUUUGUCCCAUCUGUGGCUGCAGGCUCUCUCAGUAUGUUCGAUGUCAGCAACAACAACUUUGCUGGUUCAAUUCCCAUCUCUGUUUUCUGCAAAAAUGGUGGCAAUCACAACAACCUCACCUUGUUGGACUUCUCCUUCAACAAUUUCAAUGACACAAUUUCCACCGGACUCGGGUCUUGUUCGAAGCUCCAAGUCUUCCGGGCAGGCUUCAAUGCUCUGUCUGGACCUCUCCCUGAUGAUAUUUUUGACCUUGCUGAUCUCCAACAUCUUUCUGUGCCUGUCAAUCAAUUGCCAGGACCCGUAGGUGAUGGCAUUGUGCGUUUAACCAAUCUCAAGAUCCUAGAGCUCUACUCUAACCAAUUCUUUGGGCCAAUUCCAGUCGAAAUUGGAAACCUUGCCAAGUUGGAAGAGCUAGUACUGCAUAUCAACAACCUCACCGGUGUCUUGCCUCCAUCUCUCAACAACUGUACAAAUCUAUCCACCCUGAUUUUGCGGGUCAUGUACAUGUCUGGAGAACUCUCUGCCUUCAACUUCUCGACACUCCAACGCCUCAGCAUUCUUGACCUUGGCAACAACAACUUCACUGGUGAGUUACCACAAAACCUCUACUCUUGAAAGUCAUUAACAGCAGUUAGAUUUUCUAGUAACCGGCUCACAGGCCAGAUAUCACCCAAUAUAGUUGGACUAGAAUCCUUGUCUUUUCUCUCCAUCUCUAACAACUUCUUAACCAAUGCCACUGGGGCUUUUAGGAUUCUAAGGAGUUGUAAGAAUCUGACCACUCUGGUGCUAUCCAAGAGUUUUAAAAAUGAACCCUUGCCAGAUGAUGAAAACCUAGAAGGGUCUGAUGGAUUUGAUAAUAUACAGAUAUUUGGCCUGGGUGGCUGCAACUUCACAGGUCAAGUUCCUAUAUGGCUUGGAAAGCUUAAGAAACUUGAAGUCCUGGACCUUUCAUUUAACCUCUUGACCGGUCCGAUUCCCAGUUGGUUUGGUUCUCUGCCAGACCUUUUCUACAUGGAUUUGUCUAAGAAUCUCCUUACUGGAGGAUUUCCUUCGGAGCUCUGUGGGAUGCCAGGUUUGACAUUGAAAGAGGCCACCAGUCUAGCAAACAGCAAUUAUUUAGAGUUACCAAUCUUUGUUAUGCACCAAAAUGUGACUAAUAUGCAGUACAAUCAGCUGUCUAGCCUCCCCCCCCCAGCUAUAUAUCUUGGUAAUAACAGCCUUAGUGGCAACAUCCCCACCGAGAUAGGGCAGUUGGAGUUCAUUCAUGUGUUGGACCUUAGUCACAACAACUUCUCUGGCAGCAUCCCUGAUCAGAUCAGUAAUCUCAUUAACUUAGAGAAGUUGGAUCUCUCCUAUAACAAUAUAUCUGGUGAAAUACCUGCUGCUCUCAAAGCUUUGUAUUUCUUGUCUUCCUUCAAUGUGGCAUACAAUGAUCUUCAGGGACCUGUGCCAUCUGGAGGUCAGUUUCAUACUUUUACCAACUCCAGCUUUGAAGGAAAUCCAGGAUUCUGUGGCCCUCCAUUGUCGAGUCGUUCUUGCCUCAAAAUGCCACAGAGCCCUGGAGCAGUAGUUCCUACGAGUAACACUCACAGAUCUGAGACAAAGAAGAUUCUUAUUGCACUUGUGUUUGGGAUUGGUUUUGGUAUUGGUUUUAGCAUUGAUGAUGCGAAAAUACCACUUCUUGGUUGGUGUAAGAAUAAAUUGAUCUAGUUUACGUGUUUAUAUGUUAAUGCAGGUUUGCAUGUACGUGUUUUGAUUGUAGGUAAAUACACACAAUCACAGUUUGGUUGUACCCAACUUAACCUUCAGUGUUAAUACUUAUUGGUAUGUAUUUCAGUAAAUGAAUUGUAUAGUGGCAUUAUCUGAUGAUCACUCGCAGCAUAUGUAUCAUACACUCGGUCUUGGAUUCA